GUGAGUCUCAGUCUCUGUUUCACCGUCGUGAGAUUUUCUACCAGAGGUAACCGGUAACCCUCGGAUUUGCGGUACAAGAUUCGACGACCUCACCAUCAGGAGAAAAGACAGUUGCAGAAACCGGAAAUUGCCGCGUUCACCACGCGGAGCGGAAAUGCGGUGACGACGCCUCGAGUCUCUCAGCCUUCGUAAACGCGAAAUAGGAAGAAUAGAAUUUAGCGAGAUGAAGGAGAUCGCGGUCUUCCGUCUUUUCGUCGUAGUCAUCGGGGCCUCAGUCGCGGUUGCCGUCUAUCAGGAGCCUCAGGGGCCUGAUUCUAAUCGGUUCCCAGAAGUGGGCCAGCCCCGCUGGCCUUCCCUUGCCUUCCGGCACGCUUCGCGGCCCCAGCAUCACCCCCGUGAGUCCCAAACCGCGAGGAAGUGGCGCGCUGGAAUUAACGACCCCGAUCAGGCGGGGCCUCAGCGACUUGUGGCCCUCGCUUCUGCGGAGUUUGCUGGAACUCGGGCCGUCGCUUAUGGGGAGUUCGAUCAUCAUCGUCCGGCCCAUCAGCAGAGGAACCCUUUUGCCCAGGGGAACCAGCAGCCUGGAUACACCAGGCACCAUUCUGGGCGAAGAGUUUGCUCUAGACAAGCACCGACAAUGGUGUCUCAUCAUCUGCACCGAGGGCGACAAGUAAGACUGCUGUACAUGGAACCCCAAAGCAAGUUUUCGUGUUGCCCAGGAUGGACUCAAGUGACUCGUCUCAGUUUCGGCUGUAACAAGCUUGCUUGCCCCGCAUGUCUGAAUGGCGGAAGCUGCGUCGCCUCAGGAAAAUGCAGCUGCCCGAAACAAUUCACAGGAAAACAAUGCGAAAUCGACGUGGACGAAUGCGUAACCGAAAAACCAUGCGCGCAACUCUGCCAAAAUACUUUGGGAGGCUACCAGUGUUUCUGCCGAGCCGGUUAUCAGCUCCAACCGGAUGGACAGUCCUGUCAUAAAAAUGGUAGCGACGACACAGCUUUCGAAGCUCGUGAUCUCGAGGCUGACUACAGGCCGACGACGACUAGGACAUCGACUAUUCCACAAGACACAGAAAACGAAGUUGGCGACAGGAACUUUGACACAGAUUACGAAUUCAUUUUGAAGCGACUCACCAAACUUGAGAAGCUAGUUUCCCGGAGUAAACGGCGAGACGCUGGGGCAACGGACAUGAGUGCUAAAAUAAAUCUUGCUAUGGAAAACAUCGGGGACGUGAAGAGGGCCGUUGAAAGCGUGCGGCUCAUGCAGCAAGAAAUAUACGAGCUGCGAAACAGGUUGACUAGUUUCGAACGAGAGUCAAGAAAGAUAGAACACAUCACGAAUCGCGUAACAGACCUUGAGUCCAGGUUCAGGAUACACUGUGGAGCUUUCGACGGAAAUGGUAGAAGAAUUUGUUGAAGAGAUGAAGAUCAUCGCGUGGAAAUCGCACCGCGACAUACAUUUUUUUUCAACGCUUUCAUGAAUAUAUAAAGCUAUUAUAUUCAAUGCAUACGAUAUUGCAACUUUUCAAAUAGUAUUUUAAGUACGACUGGCUGCAUGACCGACGAUUGUGAGAGUCUUUAGACUUUAGUCAGUCUCAGGUUCGACAACUCACUUUCGUCCUGGAACCUACCUAAAAGAAAAUCAGCUAAAGAAUUAGAAUUAGAAUUAGUUCUUUAGGCGAACGUGUUUUGUCGUCUUAUUUUGUUACAUGAACAUAUUAUGAAAAACAACUAGCGAGCGAAGGUCAAUGAAAUUAAGCAGAAGAAUAAAUAACGGGAAUGAAAUACGACUAAAUGUUUAAGAUUAUCGAUUUUUUACUCUUAAUGUUGGUGAUACUUUUGGAUCGAUGACUUCAUGAACUGUUAUUUCUUUCUAGGUGUUAUCCAUGCCAUUAUGGAAAUAUUUGAAUUGUUUUGCAGCAUGUUUAUAUCGAGGCAGAAAAAGAAUUCAAGCCGGAUUUAAUGUAAACAGAUUAUUGAGGUGAGCCAGUAACUACGUAAUCUUUAAGAGGUCAGUUACAACCGCGUUAAUGUUGUUCAAAAAAUACCACCUCAUGUCAAUAAGUGUGAGCAAUAAUAGCUGUGAAAUGAAAUUCUCAUCUCAUCUCAUAGAACUAAUAAUGCGUGAAGAAAUACGUAAUAUUUGUUAUUUUCUUGUAUUUUUUAAUUUUAAUUUUGAUACCGUAGUAUUACUGAUUUUGAUACGGAUCCGUAAAUUUUAGAUCCGUAAAUGCAUAUAUGUGUUUCACAUGUAGUUUUUAGAUGUUUUUUUUUUUUGUAAUAAUGUAAAUGAUCGUAAAAAAUGUACUGUUUAUUACUUUUUGAUAUCGUACAAUAAUCUUUGUAAUAAGAAAACAAUACAACGAAUAUCUAAAUAAUAUUUUUAGUUCAGUAUUCUCAAGUAAUUGAUAGCUGAAACCUGAAUUGUAUACCAUUUUCAGUACUGUAACAGGGCUGGUACGUUUUUUGAAGUCUAAGAUUCUUUUCAGGUAUGUAUUUUUUCCUGAGCAUCGAAUUUCUUAAGGAAGCUUUCAAAUAUUACAUCGCUCAAUAUUAGCAAUUUUAAAAAAUAAUAGUGUCAUCGAUAUCCCCCCAAUAGUUAAGUUACAUCUGUUUCUUUUUCGUGAAAGGAUAUAUUGAUACUAAGUAAUCACAUAUUUUCCCUCAAAUUCACUUGAAAGUAACACCUCGUUUUACA